AUGUGCGAAACUAGAAAGUCAACCCUACGCUAUGAGCACAAUUCAAAUUUAAAUUAUAUUGACAAUCAACAAGACCGGUUAGUUCCGGCUAUCCGAGGCUUCAAAAUAGCUUCUUUGAACAUAACAAGUCUACCAAAACACAUUGACGAACUUCGGAUCUGCAUUAAUGAUAAAGAAAUAGAUGUUCUUGCAAUUAAUGAAACACGAAUGGACGAUAGUGUGCCAAUCGAGUCAAUAGCCAUUCAAGGUUACAAUUGGAUUUCCAAAAACAGAAAUAGAUCUGGGGGUGGUAUCGGUUUUUUCAUUAGAGAUUCAAUAAAUUUUCGACCUCGAACUGACCUGAAUAAUCAUGAUAUUGAAAUUCUUACAAUACAAAUUAGUAAACAUAACGUUAAACCGUUCUUAAUUACAACGUGGUAUCGACCACCAAACGAUCCAAUUGACACCCUUUAUAGAUUUGAGAACUGUUUACAACUAAUAGACAAUGACAAUAAAGAAAGUAUUAUCCUAGGAGAUGUAAAUUAUGACUUCUUAUCCACAAGUCCAUCUCCCCAAGCUUCGGAACUCAAAUUUAUUACAGGACUGUAUCAAUAUGAACAAUUGAUAAGUGAACCUACAAGAGUUACUAAAGAUACUCGGACAUUAAUUGAUCACUUUUAUACAACAAAUCCUGAUAAUAUUAUUUCAAAGGGAGUGUCAACUGUUUCCAUUAGUGAUCACUAUCUUAUUUAUGGCAUCAGAAAAUUUAAGGUCUGCAAAGAAAAUGCAAAAAUAAUCGAAUCCCGCGACUCCAAACAUUUCAACGAACAAAUAUUCUUGCGCGACCUACAAAAUUACUUAUCCGAUUUUGACCUGGAUCAAUACGAUCCAAAUAUAUCUUGGCAGAUUUGGAAGAAUAAAUUCUUCAGAAUCUGGAACAAUCAUGCCCCAGUAAAAAGACGGAAAGUCGGCACUAAGCGGCUACCUUGGCUAACAACAGACCUAAUUCACAAUAAACGACAUAUUAAUUUCCUACAUAAGAAAGCUAGAACAACCAACACAACUGAUGCCUGGUCUGUCUACAGAAAGGCAAAAAACCAAUACAAUAGGCAAAUAAAAGAUACAAAGUGCUCCUAUUAUCGAGGAAAACUACAUAGCAAUUCAAGAAAUUUAAAACAAACAUGGAAAACACUCAACGAAUUGAUGAAGAGAAAGUCAACUAAUAAGAAAAUCCCAGAAAUGAAAGAUGAGAAUGGUGAAGUAAUUGACGAAACGCUGAUCCCUAAUGCCUUUAAUAAAUACUUUGUUGAACUAGGGGGAAAACUUGCGAAUAAAAUUCCUCAAUCGAAUAUUUUACCGGAUAGGUUUCCCAGUGAUGUACACCAUCCAGCUAAUGGGUUCCCUAGCUUUCAAGAAAUUUCAGAAAAUGAUGUUUUGACUCUACUUCAUGGUUUAGGCCCCAAUAAAGCAUCGGGAAUCGAUGGUAUCUCCUCUCGUAUCUUAAAAAUUUAGGCAGCAGUUAUUUCACCAUCCCUAACAUCAAUAUUCAACCAGUCAAUCUUAACAGGCAUAUUUCCCAAUGAUUGGAAAAUCGCUAGAAUUACUCCGAUCUUUAAGUCUGAAGCUAAAGAUGAAAUGACAAACUACAGACCAAAUCCGUUAUAUCAGUAGUUGCCAAAAUUGCAGAAAAGCUGAUUUAUAACCAAAUCUAUAAUUAUUUACAUAAUUAUAAUCUACUUUCAAACUCCCAACACGGAUUUAGACCACUUCACUCAACUGUUACAGCAUUACUGGACAUAACCAACGAGUGGUAUACAAAAAUUGACAUUGGGAAACUAAAUGGGAUUGUAUUUCUGGAUCUGAAAAAAGCAUUCGAUACUGUCAACCACAAUAUAUACUCUUAGACAAAAUAGCAACUUAUGGAAUAAAGGGAACAGCACAUCGCUGGCUGGAGUCGUAUCUAUCAAAUAGGACCCAGUGCUGUUGUGUGAAUGGCAAACUAUCAAGUCCAUCAAUUAUGAAAACAGGCAUACCUCAGCGUUCUGGUUUAGGCCCAUUGUUAUUUCUAAUUUACAUCAACGAUUUACCAAAAUGUUUAAACGCCGGGACAAAACCAGAUAUGUUUGCGGAUGAUACCCAAAUUGCAACAUCAACUGACGAUAUCAAAGUUAUCACUGAAACAUUAAAUAGAGAUUUAAACAAUGUUGCAAAUUGGCUGUCCGCAAACAAAUUAACUCUGAACAAUAGUAAAACCGAAUAUAUGAUAAUUGGUUCCAAGAAAAGGCUUAGUCAAGUGACUGCCGAUCCUGCUAUCAGUAUAGGUAACUUAGAAAUUAAGAGAGUUGAAAUGACAAAAUCAUUGGGCCUAAUGAUAGACGAGUCUUUAGACUGGACCGCGCAGGUCGAACACAUUUCAAAAAAGGUCACUUCAGGCCUUGCUAUUCUCAGACGACUCCGGGAUACAGUCGAAUUCAAUACCUUAAUAACAAUAUACAAAUCCAUAAUUCAACCUUAUUUCGAUUAUUGUGCUCAAGUGUGGGGUUGCUUAGGGAAAACAUUAGCAGCUAAAGUCCAAAAAUUACAAAACAGAGCGUUUCGAAUAAUCACUCGUGAGAAUUAUACGACACGAUCGGCUGAUAUAUUAAACAAGCUAAAAGUUCCGAACCUCGAAAAAAGAAGAAUGCAACAACUUUCAAUUCUCAUGUAGAAGGUGAAAAACAAAUUGGUCCCCGAUUACUUGUGUGAUAUGUUCACAAAUGUUGGCGAUGUACACGACCAUAACACAAGACAGUCGGGAGCCGAUUUGACAUUCCCUAAGCCAAAAACAAAUAGUAUGAAAAAUGCAUUCUCCUACAGAGGUGCGGAAGUCUGGAACUGCCUUCCUGCAUCGGUAAAAGCAUCAACAACUAUUGCUAAUUUUAAAUCUAACUUGAAGCAUGCAAAUUAACAUCAAGUGAUCCUGCCAUUGUUUCCAUCUACUUAAAAUAAUUUUCUUGUAAUUAUUUCUUAUUUCUGUUUGUGUGAGCACGGCCGGUUGGAAGAUCACCUUUUUUCUUUUUAUAUCUUGUACAUAAUUAAUUUUAGUAUAGGUAAAAUUGUACCGUGUUGAAAUAUAGUUCAUAAUAAUAAUAAUAAUAAUAAUAAUACACCGGGACAGGUAAACUUGCUAACACGUAGAAAACCGAAAAAAGCGGUGCAACAUGCAGCCCAAAACAUCACAUGGUCAAACCCCGGAGCGGAGAGCGCCGACUGGAGUACACCCACCAGUCGAUUGGUAACAGGGAGACGUGACAAUGCAGGCGAAGAACGAGAGCGGCGGAUGGCGCGUAACAAUCUGGUCAAUCUGGUCGCCCCGCGGGUGGGAUCUGGUGUGCCAAGGUUAAUGUGCCAAGAACGAUUUGCGGGCCAGGUCGCAAAUAACAUCAACAGCCCUUCCGACAACGGAAAAGACGGAAGGUCAAAAGUCGAACAAAACUGGAAAUAG